AUGGCCUGUGGCCGCCUGCCAGAGCAACGUCCAGGGCGCGGGAAGCCCGAGUGGGCGGCGGGUCGGCCGGGGGCCCCCACUGCAGCGGUCGAGGCGCGGGAAGGCCCCGUGAGGGGGCCGAGGCUGCCUGGGCCGCCCCUGGUCGCCCUUCCCCGGCCAGUCGCCUCCCAGUGUGCAGGUCCCGGGGGUGGCGGGGGUGUCCGUCUGUGCUGGCGGCGCCGGGCCCGGCUGGGUCCCGAGAGGGGUGCGCUGGGCCUCACUGGGGACCUUGCGGCCCCUUCACUGACCGCUGGACCCUCCUCCUGCGACCUGGCCCCAGAGGCGCCCGUCCUCCCCACGCAGGACCCCCGCGCCACACCCCGCGCCACUGUCCGGCAGCUGCUGGUGCAGCUGGAGCAGAAGGUGGAGCUGGACUCCAGGUACCUGAGCGCCGCGCUCAAGAAGUACCAGAGCGAGCAGAGGGGCAAAGGUGAUGCCCUGGACAAGUGCCAGGCGGAGCUGAAGAAGCUGCGCAAGAAGAGCCAGGGCAGCAAGAACCCCCAGAAGUACUCGGACAAGGAGCUGCAGUUCAUCGACGCCAUCAGCAGCAAGCAGGGCGAGCUGGAGGGCUGCGUGUCGGACGGCUACAAGACGGCGCUGACGGAGGAGCGCAGGCGCUUCUGCUUCCUGGUGGAGAAGCAGUGUGCCGUGGCCAAGCACGCCGCCGCCUACCACUGCAAGGGCAAGGAGCUGCUGGCGCAGAAGCUGCCGCUGUGGCAACAGGCCUGCGCCGACCCCGGCAAGAUCCCCGACCGCGCCGUGCAGCUGCUGCAGCAGGCGGUGGGCAGCAACGGCGCCCUGUCGGCCUCCAAGUCCGACCUGGUCAUCUCGGACCCCAUCCCGGGGGCCAAGCCGCUGCCGGUCCCCCCGGAGCUGGCCCCGUUCGUGGGGGUGAGUCCGCGGCCCCCCGCAGCGGCGCCCAGCGUGGGGGAGCCCGGGAAGGCGGGGUCCAAGCUCAGGGCCCACGGGACAGCAGCCCUGCAGCGGCCCCUGUGCCCAGCGGCCAACAGGGUCCGACAGGAUCUGCGCAGCCCUGCGUGA